GAGGGAAGGACAGAGGGGAGAGAGAGAGAGAGAGAGAGAGAGAGAGCGAGGGAGAUCGGUCUCCAUCUCGUCGCCUUCGAACUCUUCUCUCGAUCCCGAUUUCAUUCUGUUCAAGUACGCUGGAUCCGUCGCAAGAGACGCCGUUGAAGCCGCCGACGCCGACACCGACGUCGUCGGGCAACGGCCUGAUCCGGUACCGGUCGCCGUCCGCCCCGGAGCUCAGCCUCGCCGCCCCAGCCGAUCUCGAAGCCAAGAUGAAGCGGGCACGACAGGAGCCCAUCCUCGACAAGAUCCAGCGCUUCCGCGGCGUCAUCCUCGUCUUCGCCGUCCCCCUCAUCCUCGUCUCCUUUGUCCUCUUCCUCAUGCCCCGCUCGCCAGCGGUUAUCUCCUUUGCCAGUAGAAAGACGAUGCCCGGUGGCAGCGAGGCUGGAUCUAAGAGCUAUGCUGUUAUCUUUGACGCGGGCAGUUCGGGAAGUAGGGUUCACGUCUUUUGCUUUGAUGAGAAUUUGGAUCUGCUGCCUAUAGGACAGGAGCUGGAGCUCUUUGUACAGAAAAAACCAGGCUUGAGCUUCUAUGCUAAAGAUCCUCAGCAGGCUGCACAAUCUCUUGUUUCGCUGUUGGAGAAAGCUGAGAGUGUUGUUCCAAUGAAAUUGCGACAGCAAACACCUGUCAGAGUCGGGGCUACAGCGGGUCUGAGAGCUUUAGGAGCUGAAACAUCUGAAAAAAUUUUGCAAGCGGUUAAAGAUCUCCUUCAACACAAGAGCUCACUAAAGUUCAAGUCGGAUUGGGUGACUGUUCUUGAUGGGACUCAGGAAGGUGCUUUCCAAUGGGUCACUAUCAAUUAUCUAUUAGGAAAACUUGGGAAGUCUUAUGCAAACACAGUUGGAGUGGUUGACUUGGGGGGUGGAUCUGUUCAAAUGGCUUAUGCCAUUUCAGAAAAGGAUGCUGAACAGGCUCCAAAAGUCUCAGAUGGAGAGGAUUCAUAUGUGCAGAAAUUGUUUCUAAAAGGAACUAAGUAUUACUUAUAUGUCCACAGUUACUUGCGCUAUGGUCUAUUGGCUGCUCGUGCAGAGAUUUUGAAGGUCACCAAGGAUGACAGUAAUUGCAUUUUGAGCGGCUACCAUGGGUCAUACAAGUAUGGUGGCAAUGCAUACAGAGCAUCAGCAAAACAAUCUGGUGCCAGCUUUUUGAAAUGCAGGGAGGAUGCAGUUAAGGCUCUCAGGGUUGAUGAACCAGCGUGCACUCACAUGAAGUGUACGUUUGGGGGCAUCUGGAAUGGUGGAGGUGGAGAUGGGCAGAAAAAUCUGUUUGUGGCAUCUUUUUUCUUUGAUCGGGCUGCCGAGGCUGGCUUUGUAGAUCGCGAAAAGCCCAUUGCAGUGGUUAAACCUUCACAUUUCGAGAAGGCUGCAAAGCACGCUUGCCAGUUGAGCAUCGAGGAUGCUAAGGCUGCCUAUCCUCGUGUCCAAGAGGACAACCUUCCUUACCUGUGCAUGGAUCUCGUGUACCAGUAUACUUUGCUAGUAGAUGGGUUCGCUAUAGACCCAGAUCACGACAUCACACUGGUAAAGCAGGUCAAAUAUGGUGAUGCCUUUGUUGAGGCAGCAUGGCCGCUCGGUAGUGCCAUUGAAGUUGCAUCAUCUGCAUGAGAUAUAACCCUAGUUUCGUUCUGUCCUGUCGUAGCUACAUCAAAGAUCCCAAAUCAAAGCAUGGUAAUCCGCAGCAGUGAUUUUGCUGGGUGGGAUAGUUUCUGACCAAGCUUUCGCCUCACCAAAUAUCCUGGUGCUUAAGAAUCAAGGUCGAGCUGCAGCGAGGGGGGUUCCGAAACCACAAUUUUGCUUGCAUUAAGAUUAAUUUGCCUUAUGGUUGUAGCUUAAUAAAGGGGAUGGAGGGCUGCUACAAUUUCAAAUUUCCACGCUGAACUCUCAUUCUUUUUUCCAUUUACUUGAAUCAAAUGUUGCUUUGCCAUUCGUGGACCUCUUCAUUAGAUAAUAUACACAUUGUUCUCUAAUUGUUUCA